AUCGGCUAUAAAUAGAAGAGGCAGAGGAUUGGAUCAUCGCUCUCUCGUUGUUUCUGUUCCAGUGUCAAGGUCUCUCUCAUUCAUCUCCUCGGCAUCGGAGAGGAGAACAUAAAACGCAGAAAGAAUGAAAGUUUGGAUAUUAUUGACAACUUGUCUUGCUAUUCAGAUCGGGCAAUGCUUAUCUUGUUUGCACAGGGGCGUUGAAUGCAUCGAUUAUGAAGUCCUCACCAGGCACCCAGAAUAUGAAGAAAGACAGUACCCAGCCACUGUAUGGAUCAGUGCAAAAGAAACCGGCCCUUCCCUCUCUAGGGCGCAAAUCAAUCUUUACAAGAAACUAUUCAGAUACAUUCAAGGGGAUAAUCUUAAAGGAGAGUUCAUCAACAGUACCACUCCUACUCGAACAAAAGUAAUUCCAUGUAGAGGUGAUUCUUUGUGCGAGCCAACGUACAUAAUGUCGCUGCUGAUCCCUAACGAUUUGUAUGAUGAUAUGUUCCCUAUUCCUACGGAUGUUGACCUCUUCUUUGAGAGGGAACCUCCAAAGAGAUACGUGGUUAGGAGUUUUGGCGGUCGUCCAAGUGAAUCCCAAUGGGUAACCGAAGCUCAAAAGCUGGCCGAUUUGACUCUCAAAGAUGUGGGAGUAGCACGCGAUCAUUACUACUUGAAUUGGUAUGAUCCUCCACUUCAGCUUUUCAACCGACUCAAUGAGAUCUGGAUCACCAAAUCCAUAAAGAAGAAGACCAACGAGCAAAAGAAAUUCAUCAGAGACCAGAAUGACCUGAAUGAAGUCUGCUAGGCACAGAACUGUUCACAGAAAAGACUCACGAGUCUUGCAUGUGAGAGGACAGGACCUACACGCUUUCGAUCAUGAUAGUAUAAAGAAUCCAGCUUAUUUUUAUCCCUUGGAAAAAUAUCCUCAUACAUAUCGGCCUUUUACCUAAAAGAGCUUACGUUUACAUGAAAUUCAUAAUCUAUAGGAAGCUGAAAUCAAACGGAUAGCAUAAAAUGUUGGGCUUGUGCAAAUAAGUAUGGAAAAAAAUAACUACUACAAUUUUUUAAAAAAAAAGUCCAGGUAAACUUUUUUGAUAAUGUAAAACUCAGAAUUAAGUUGGUGUCAAAGAUUAAGAUAAAACAUUUUUCUUAAGCUUUAUUAUCAACAUCAUUAUAAAAUUAUAAAAGAAAAUAAUAUUUAUGAAUCAAAAUUUUAAUUUUUGUAAGAAGUUUCAAAAAAAUCAAUAUUUGUCUUAAAGUAUUUUAUAUCAGCCACAAUUUAAAAAAUAUUUUUAUUGAUAUUCUAUUCUCCCCAUUUUUAAGUAGAAGAACUAAAAAUGUCACCAUUAUUUCAAACACAGGGUACCAUUUACAUUUUCAUAUACUAUAUCAUACAGCAUAUUUUUAAAAUGCCUUCGAACGUUGCUUGAAGAAUAUAUUUAAUUUUCGUUUAUUUCUUUUAUCACACUUUAGGUGAGAAAUAUCACUGCUAUCUAUGUACGUGGAAAUAGAUUAUGAUGCAAAGUUUCUGUGCAUUCUCAUUUGGUUUAUCACAACCAAAAACGAUCAUGACGAAUUCAGUUCAGUUUACUACCAUUUCAAUACCCACCUUUAUUUAUUUUUGCAAUGUGAAAUAUUUUUUGUGUUUUAUUUUUGUGAUCAGCUGCUUUUCUUUAUUUAUUUGGAAUUUAGAUAACGAAUGCGGGUCAUUUGUUUUGUGCAUUUGUUUUUAGUAUGAAAUAAAGUGUUUGAGCUUUUAUAA